CUCCCACCCAGAGGCAGAUGAAGCUGAUGCAGAGAGUGGACACAUCCCUGUCCGUUAUACCAAGUCAGGCAGCGGCUGCUCCACUUGCUCGAAGUCUGUAGCUCGGGAGCGGCACCCUACAUUCUCUACUGCUGCAAUGGAGCCGGGAGGGCCCGCAGGGGCCACCACCCCUCCCCCGGCUCCGGAGAAGAAGAAGAAAAUGAACCGGGCGCCUUCUCCAGCCCGACCCAAGGAGCUGAGCGGAUGGUCUCUAUCUAAAACCCGCAGAAGCUCCCCAGCCUCCUUGUCUGUGCUGCCUCCGGGGCCCCGCCGCCCGCUCCCCUCACCGGGAACCAAGAAACAACCGGGGCCACGGCCUGGGGGCAAAUCGAAGUCUCAAGGGGCUCCGGGGCCCCGGACUGACAGCAGCUCGGAGGGCUCAUGUGCGUCUGAAGAAAGCAGCGGUACCAGCCGGGGAGCCAGUAGCGAGGAAGGAGGCGCGGGGUCGGGGACCUCCAGCCGGUUGCAAUGCAGCACCUCAAUGGCCUUCUCCGACCUCACCGAGGACUUGAUAGAUGGGGGCACUGAGGGGCUCCUCCGGGAGAUGGAGGAACUGCGCUCCGAAAAUGAUUAUCUAAAGGAUGAAAUCGAGGAACUGAGGUCAGAAAUGCUUGAGAUGAGGGAUGUCUACAUGGAGGAAGAUGUUUACCAACUACAGGAGCUCCGACAGCAGUUAGAGCAGGUCCACAAGACUUGCCGCAUCUUCCAGUACCGGCUGAAGAAAGCUGAACGUAGAGGGCUGAGGGUGGCACAGACAGGACACGUGGACAGUGAGCUCAUCUCCACUUUAGAACAAGAUGUGAAGGUGGCUAAAGACGUCUCUGUGCGGCUCCACAGUGAGCUGGAAGCAAUAGAGAAGAAGAGAACAAAGCUGGAGGAAGAGAACGAGGAUCUGCGCCAACGUCUCAUAGAGACAGACUUGGCCAAACAAGUUCUGCAGAACGAGAUGGAGAAGAUGAAGGAGAACUCACUGAAAAAGAGGCGGACGUCUGGGAGGAUUGACAAGAAGCCAUCUGUGCAGGAGGACAGCUCCGAUCUAAAAUGCCAGCUACACUUUGCUAAAGAAGAGUCUGCUUUAAUGUGUAAGAAGCUCACAAAAUUAGCAAAAGAUAAUGACCAUAUGAAAGAAGAGCUGAGGAAGUACAGGUCAAUGUAUGGUGACAUGGACAGUUCAUUGUCUGUAGAGGAGUUUGCCAAUUCACCACAUUCCAGAGAGGCAGAGGUUAAGGUCCACCUUAAGCUGGUGGAAGAAGAAGCCAACCUUUUAAGCCGAAGGAUCGUAGAGCUAGAGGUUGAAAACAGGGGUCUGAGAGCAGAGAUGGAUGAAAUGAAAAUACACCACGACCGUGAACUACUUAGCCAAGAUGGCAGCAGAUUCCCUUUUACCUCUGGAGAAUCUGGAGAUAAUUUUGUGGAGCUUAGGAGGCAUUUGCAGUUUGUAGAGGAAGAGGCUGAGCUCCUCAGGAGAUCAAUGAUGGAGUUAGAGGACCAAAAUAAGCUACUAAUGAAUGAACUGAAUAAAUAUAAAUCUGAUCAUGACCUAGACAUCACUUUGUCAGAGGACAGCUGCUCUGUCAUUAGUGAACCUUCUCAAGAGGAACUUACUACUGCUAAGAUGCAGAUCAGUGAACUUAGUGGCAAGGUCAAGAAACUCCAGUAUGAGAACCGAGUGCUCCUUUCAAACCUCCAACGUUAUGACUUGGCAUCCUGCCAGACCACAAGGCCUUUAAUGGAGACUGACGCAGAGGCAGGAGACUCUGCCCAAUGUGUCCCAUCACCUCUUUGGCGAGAGGGACCUAUUGGAGGAGAAACAGAUGCUGCAGACUCUAGGGAACAGGCAGGCAAAGGCAGCACUAGAUCGCCAAAUGUUAAUCACUCGUCCCCAUCCAAGUUAUUAAAGAUGAAAGAAACCCUUCUUGGUAUCACAGCGCAGGCUGGUUUAAUAAGCAAAGCCAUUGAGGUCUUGAAAUCUGAUUACAAUGGAUUCCCAUCGGGCUUGAAACUGUGUACGGAUAAUGAUUGUGGGGACCUUCUAUUGACCGAGGCUAUUGAUAACAGCGAGGUGACUAGUGACGCUAAGCUGAUCAGUGCCAUUUUUUCAAGACUUGCCGUGUUGCAGCAGGAGUUGAAUUGCUUUACAAAAAAGGUGGAUUCACUAGGGGUCUGUUGCAAAGAGGAAAUUGGUUCAGAUGCAGCAUCUACUGAUACCUCAAAAGACUCUUCAAAGAAAGAACACUGUUGCAAUACGCAGCAGCCUGAGUGUAGGAACUUGCGCCAGAAGGAGGAGUCUCGUACAGAGAAACAAGAUGGUGACCACAAUUGUGACCAGACCAAAAGCUAUAAGACCUACCAGCCCGACGAUAACGAGUCCUAUGCAGCAGAGAUUAAGGACUUGCAGUUGGUACUUUCUGAAGCCAAUGAGACCAUCCAAGGACUUCAGGAGCAGCUUUCACAGGAGCGAGAGCUUCGUAAGGAGGAUGAAAUGACAUACAACCAGAAGAUUGCCCAGCGGAAGGAAGAUCAGGAGAAGCUGCUCUUAAGACGUGAGUUUGAGCUCCAGAGCCACGGCCUUCAGAGGAGGCUGGAGCAGAAGUUCUGGAGCCAAGAGAAGAAUGUGCUGUUGCAGGAGACCCACCAGUUUAAGCAGAACUUCCUGCUACUCUUCAUGAAGUUGAAGUGGUACCUACAGCGCUGGCGGCAAGGAAAAGCCCUGCCGAGAGAUGAGGACUUCUUAGAGGUGAACAGUGUCAAAGAGCUAUAUAUGCUGAUUGAAGAAGAAGAAUUAAAUCCCCCGAUCUCCGAUUAUAAGGUGUCUGAUGGUGAAAGCUGGCCUCAGAAUGUGGCCAGAGAAUCCAUAAAGACCUUAUCUGACAUUAAGGGGACCCUGAAGGACCUUUGCAACGAGUUGCAAGAAGAGAGGAGAGGGAUGAACGAGCUUCAGCAACAGUUUGCCAAAGCAAAGGCUGCGUGGGAAAUGGAGAAGAUGGAAUUAAAGCUGGAUUCCGGAAAGCAUGGUGUUGAUCGCUCAACUUCAGAUCUCAAAGCCGCCCUGAAACGAGAGAGAGAGGAGCACCAACACCUCCUUACUGAGUCCUACAGUGCAGUCAUGGACCUUACCAAGCAGCUGCAGGUCAACGAGAAAAACUGGACCCAAGAAAAAGAAGAGCUCCUAAACAGAUUCCAAGAUGAACGCAAACUUGCCGACCAGCAGAUGCGGGAGCUGCAGAACAAACUUAAACAGAAGGAAGCAGAUUCCUGGGUGAUAAAAGAGCCGGAGAGGAAGAGCAGCUGCUGGAAGGAGGCUGUCAGUAAUAAUCUUCAGGAUAAAGACAUUGACUGUGACACCGAUGCCAGUGUGACCAGUUUAAAAAGGACCAAAUCUGUAUCUUCCAUGUCAGAGUUUGAAAGUUUACUCGAUUGUUCCCCCUUUCUGCAUGACAACACAUCCUCGGUUGAUGGCGAAAAUGCCAAAGGGAGGAGAGGUCUACCAGCUUCUUCACUUUUGGCCAAUGGUUCUAAAUAUCCUGAAAACCAUUGUUCCUAUGAGAGUAAUGACAAGUCCUUGGCUGGACAUCUUUCCAAGGGUAACCUGGUGAUUUCAUCCUGGGAUUAUACUAUGGCCAAAGCUGAUAAUCGUGUGGAUGGGCAGAAGCACAUACAGAGGAGCUAUACAGCACCAGACAAGACGGGCAUUCGAAUUUAUUAUAGCCCACCAGUGGUUCGGAGGCUUGAUGUGCCUUUGGUCCAAAAUAAAGAAGAAAAACUCAUGGUAGAAACUGGGUUUCUGUUUACCAUGGCCAAACCAAAAGAACCAGAAAAAUCAGACCAGUUAUCUGGGAAUUCGUGUAGCCACUGGCUUUGUAAUUUCUCCAAAAAGCAGCGGGAUUUGUUGGAUAGUGAUUCGGUAAAGGACUCUUCUUCUGUCCCAGGGUUUCCAUCUUCCCUGGGGGAUUUUGAGAUUUCUGGUAACAUGAGUGAUGACAUGAAAGAAAUCACAAAUUGUGUUCGACAGGCCAUUCGCUCAAGCUCCCUAGAAAGGAAACCAAAGAGUACAGCAAGCCAGACUGUUGGGCUGUCCAGUGUUGGUGUUCAGACUGUUCAGAUGGUUAGCGUUAGUCUUCAAACUGAUCCCAUUAGAUCAAGCCUAACUUCAAAGAGCUGGUCACCAAGGGGUUCUUCUCUGCUGUCUACUAGAACCAAACACAUUUCAACAUCAUUGGACAAAGUUCACUCAAGGAUAGACCGGCCUUGCUGUUCUCCCAAGUAUGGUUCCCCUAAGCUUCAGAGAAGGUCAUCUUCCAAACUAGAUUGUUCCAAGGAUCGGAGCUUGUGGAAUCUUCAACAAAAUAAACAAAAUGGUUCAGCUUGGGCGAGGUCAACAACAACUCGGGACAGUCCUGUCCUCAAUAACAUCAGUGAUGGGUCAUCUAGUUUGUUCAACGUGGUUGAACAUGCCGGAAGUUCUGAAUCCAUCUACAGAUUGGGCCUUGGGGAAAGCAGGAGCAAGUCUGAUACUCCUAAGUACGGUAUUGUGCAGGAGUUCUUAAGGAAUGUGUGUGGCCGAACAUCUCAAAGCUCCAGCGCAGUGUCUGAGAAGAAAGACACUGAAGACUGCAACAAACGACCUGACAACCAUGACCACUGUUCUUCUGUUUGUCACUCCUCCUAUAAUGUGUCUAAACUACUGAGCAAGAAGGUACCAAGGCAGCACACCAGUGAUGAACAGAAGCCUUCGAUCAUAACUCAGGGGUGCAAAGAGGGAAGUCCUAAGGACUCCGACAUUAUUUCUACAUCUGCUAAUGAAGAUUAUGACUGUAAUUGCAGUUCACAGCCUCUCACGUCCUGCUUCUCCAGGCCAUCCAGGCCUCACUCACGCCAAGCUCACUACAAGUGCCAGCUCCACCCAGACCCAACCGUCCCAGAAGACAAAGCGGGCCCUGCCUGUAAUUGAAGAGAAAUGAGUCGGUCCCACUACCCCGUGUUCCCGUUUACCUCCCAGAAGCCAUUUUGCUCCUGUGUUCACUAGAAUGGACUACGGUCAGUAAUGAGUGCUUAAUGUCCCACUCACAAGUUCCGCAAAAGACACUUGAGUGUCUGCAUUAAUUCGGACUUGCAUUCCUCUUAUUAGCACUUAACUGUUUACCUAUGUGUGUGUUUUUUAUGUGUACCUUUAUAUGGGUCCUUUAGUAGAGUAUACACGACAUGAAUUAUUUAUUGAUGUAUCUUUUUUUUUUUUUGCAAAACCAGUGCUAAAGACUUGAAAUGGUUUUAAUAAGGGGGAGGAAUGUUUAGAUAGGGAAUAUAUCCCUGACAAACUGUACUUUUUUGACCCCCAAAAGCUGCCUAAUGACCUGCUUAGUAGUGAUGUAACAAGAAGAUGCUGUUCUCUAUUGUUACAUCAAUGCUGUACAUCCAUCCACAGAAAGUACAUUCCAUUAGGAAAUCAGGCAACUGUACUAUACUUGAAUGAAGUGGCCAUGUAAUCCUACUCACUGCACUAGUUUACAAGCAGCGUUAAAAAUUAAUAAUAAUGAUAAAUAUAUUUUUAAUAAUCAUUGAGAGCAAAUCGUAAAACAGUUCCGCUGGAACAAUCCCUUUUAAUUGAUUAUAACUCCAGAUUAGCGUUCCAAAUCCAGUUUUAACCUUUUAACAGCAGAGAAAACCGGUGUGUAUGUACCAUCUUUCCUCCCGGAUGGAGAAGGGGGAGGAGAAUUAUUAACUUACAUGACACUAGGGUUGUAUUGUUUGGCCUAAAGCGGACAACUGCUUGUGUCCCCUACCAAACCAAACUCUUAAUGGGGCUUAUUCACUUUUGGACACUUUCUCCGUCCCUCCCUCAGGCAUAUCAUACAGGGUGUUCUCUCUCUGGCUGUAUAUGAUUAUCAUUAUAUUUUUUUUUUUUAUAUAUUUACCCAAUGCAAUCGUAAAGUCUAAAGGGUCCCAUGAAUUAUAAUUUAAAAAGAACCAGGAUACAUCAAUUCCAGAAAAUGAAAUAUCAAGCAAGUCGGUAAAGGUUAGCUUUCGGCAAGUCUUUAAAGCAAUCUAAUGAUAAAGCUGUUUCACAGGGCUGGUUCCAAGGAGGCAUGAGAAUGUCAGAAAAGGAUUCUGUGCUGUCAUUGGCUCACUUGUGGGUGAUGUCAUAGUAUCGGAGUGUGGGGGUGAGGUCAUAAAGAGAUUGUGCCUCAAACACCCCAAAAGCCUUGAGCCAGCCCUGGCUAUUGAAAAUAAUUUGUACAUAGGAGUGUUCAGUUAUGUAGAGAUAUCUGUGUGUAUAAAUUGUAAUUAUACAUAUAUAAUAUUCUUUCCAAGAAUACUGUUUUUUUCCAAAUCUGAAAUGCACUGUUUCCUCCUUUGUGUAUUAAAUAAACCCAAUUCGCAUUUU